AUGGUAGUCACUGCUUUGGCACAAGGACCUGUACAAAUGACGACUGAUAGCAGCACGAGCGCAACAUCUUCGACCACAUCAACGGCCACAACUUCGAUCAUCGUUUCUCCGACCUCUACUGUUAACACACAAACGAGCGCCACUGAAGUGCGGUACCAUACAGUCAAAGCCGGCGCAGGCGGCUUCCACUUCGAACCUGCAGAGCUGACCAAUGUAUCUGUCGGAGACGUCGUCACAUUCGAGUUCUACCCACCAGACCAUUCUGUGGCUCGGGCCGAGUUUGGAAGCGCUUGUGUACCCUACGAAUAUACUGGAAAAGAUCGAAUCGGAUUCUGGUCAGGGACGCAAUGGGUCAAAACACACAACGAUAUUACCCACUGGAAUUUGACAAUCAACAGCACGGAACCGAUCUUUUAUUACUGCGCCGCCCCAGAUUCGUGCAAAGGGAAGCAAAUGAUUGGCGUCAUCAAUCCAAACGCCACUCAGACGCUCCAUGACCAGCAACUGGCCGCAGCUAGGGCCGACUACCAACUAGCACCUGGCGAUCCCGUGCCCAACGAAGCCUCUUCAACUUUUGUCUCUUCACCGACGGCUAGCUCACAGGCAGAACUCGUAUCUGUCAACAAACCUUCCCCGAAGCUCUCUACGGCUGCCAUCGCUGGCAUCACAGUUGGUGUGGUUGUCUUUCUCACUUUGUGUGCAGGUCUCCUCUUCUUCCUCAUCCGUAAGGCUCGUGUGGGUCACCAAACACCUGUUAUAUUACACGGCCAGACCGGUAAGCAAGUAAACGAAGUUCCCGUCGAGCUCGGCGGAGCACCAGUGCAGAGCCCUGUGUACAGGUCGGUGCAAAACAACCCUAGUCCACCAAAACUUUAG